AUGACGCUGGUCAUGGUCGAGUUGGAGAAGUUCGACCCAGGUCACGAUGUCGUUACGCACUACCGCAACAACCCGCACUGCGGCGUCUGGGGCGCUGGCGACAAGCUGCGCCGCCACAUGACGACCCUGGACCCUACGUUCUCAAGCCUCGCCAAUGGCCAGAUCAUGAGCUCCGAUGAUAUUCUUUACUUCGACGAGGCGUUGCUGAAGGACCUCGACUUCCACCAGCUGGAAGGCCUCAAGCCUUUCACGCCAGUGGAGAUUGUUGCUAUAGUCAAGAGAGCUCUGAAAAUUGUUGCCGGCUUCACCCAAGAACAGAGUUCUCCGCUCGCUACACCUGCGCAGAAUGUGAUUCUCGAUGUUGGUGAUAAUACCUUCAGUGGUAACGGCCCCCGGGCAGCCAGGUCCGGCGAGGCAAGGCGAUUUGAGGGAUCUACGCAUUGGUUUAUAGCUUAG